UACUACAACUAAUAAAAUAAGCAAGAGAGUAAUAAAAAACAAGCACAUAUCCUGGCGAUCCUUUGUGAGUGCGCGAGCGUGCUUGUGGCAAGCAAAUAAAUGUUUCUACAACGCUUUUUUAGCCAUUGUAUCUCAAAGCGCAAUACUGUGAAAGAUUGUAAAAUGGAUUUGCGUUUCGUAUUCAUCGUUUUCCUGCUGAAGUGGACGUAUGCACAAGGCUCGCAUCCGCCACGAAUUGUGGAGCACCCUAUAGAUACGACAGUGCCACGCCACGAACCUGCAACGCUUAAUUGUAAAGCUGAGGGCUCGCCCACACCAACCAUACAAUGGUACAAGGAUGGAGUCCCACUUAAGAUACUGCCUGGAUCCCACCGCAUUACACUGCCCGCCGGCGGCUUGUUCUUUCUCAAGGUCGUCAAUUCGCGUCGCGAAACAGAUGCUGGUGUCUACUGGUGCGAGGCUAAGAAUGAACUGGGAGUGGCACGCAGUCGUAAUUCUACACUCCAAGUAGCGGUGCUGCGCGAUGAGUUUCGCCUGGAGCCACAGAACACACGCAUCGCACAGGGGGAAACGGCGCUGCUGGAGUGCUCGGCGCCGCGCGGCAUUCCGGAACCGACGGUGACAUGGAAGAAGGGUGGCCAGAAAUUGGAUUUGGAGGGCUCGAAGCGUGUACGCAUCGUUGACGGCGGCAAUUUGGCCAUACAGGAUGCACGUCAGAGUGACGAGGGUCAAUACCAGUGCAUUGCCAAGAAUCCAGUUGGCGUACGCGAAUCUUCUCUGGCUACGCUUAAAGUACACGUUAAGCCCUACAUCAUACGUGGCCCCCACGACCAAACAGUGCUGGAAGGCGCUUCGGUAACGUUUCCGUGUCGCGUGGGCGGCGAUCCCAUGCCGGAUGUGCUCUGGCUGCGCACAGCCUCUGGUGGAAACAUGCCCUUGGAUCGCGUUAGUGUGCUGGAGGAUCGCAGCCUGCGGCUGGAACGUGUAACCAUUGCCGAUGAGGGCGAGUAUAGCUGCGAGGCGGACAAUGUGGUGGGCGCUAUUACAGCUAUGGGCAUGUUGACGGUCUACGCGCCUCCAAAAUUCAUACAACGUCCCGCCAGUAAGUCCGUUGAGCUGGGUGCUGACACGUCGUUCGAGUGUCGCGCGAGCGGCAAUCCAAAGCCCACUAUAUUUUGGACAAUCAAGAACAACAGCACUUUGAUCUUUCCUGGCGCGCCGCCUCUGGAUCGCUUCCACAGCUUAAACACUGAGGAGGGCCACUCUAUUUUGACUUUGACACACUUCCAACGCGCUGACAAGGAUUUGGUCAUAGUGUGCAAUGCCAUGAACGAGGUGGCUAGCAUUACCUCGCGUGUGCAGCUCACCCUCGACUCACAGGAGGAUCGCCCGCCGCCCAUCAUCAUAGCAGGACCUGUUAAUCAAACGCUGCCCAUUAAGUCUCUCGCGACUUUGCAGUGUAAGGCAAUUGGAUUGCCCAAUCCCACUAUAUCCUGGUAUCGUGAUGGCAUACCCGUGCAUACUAGUGCCAAGCUUAAUAUUACCGCUGCUGGAGACUUGAUUAUAUCAGACUUGGAUCGCCAACAGGAUCAGGGCCUGUAUACUUGUGUGGCCAGCUCGCGGGCCGGCAAGUCGACCUGGAGCGGUUUUCUACGCAUCGAGCUGCCGACCAAUCCAAACAUCAAGUUCUAUCGCGCCCCUGAUCAGAGCAAAUGUCCCACUGCUCCGGGUCAGCCAAAAGUACUGAACGCUACUGUGGCGGCCAUGACUAUCGUUUGGCCAAGCAGCGACAAGUUGGGCGCCUCCCCCUUUCUUGGCUAUAGCGUGGAGAUGUUUUGUACUAACAAGAGCAAGACCUGGAUACCCAUCGCCAGUCGGCUUACCGAGCCCAUUGUCACCGUCGACAGCCUGGAGCAGGGGGCUGCUUAUAUGUUUAUUGUGCGUGCUGAGAACGCUUUGGGCUUUUCGCCGCCCUCGCCCAUCUCUGAGCCCAUCACGGCCGGCAAGUUGAUUGGACUGCGGGAUGGAAGCGCUGGCAGCUCAGAAUUGGGCAACUCGCAGCUGAUGCUCAGCGAUGUUGAAACGCUACUGCAGUCCAACGAUGUUGUUGAGCUGUUGGAGGCCAAUGCAAGUGACUCGACCACAGUGAGACUUGCUUGGGACAUUGACAGCGGUCAGUAUAUCGAGGGAUUCUAUUUAUAUGCGCGCGAGCUGCGGUCUUCGGAGUACAAAAUGCUCACACUGCUUAAUAAGGGCCAAGGAAUCAGCUCUUGCACGGUGCCCGGUCUGGCAAAAGCGUCUACGUAUGAGUUUUUUCUUGUGCCAUUUUACAAGAGCAUCGUAGGCAAGCCCUCCAACUCCCGUCACACCCGCACGCUUGAAGAUGUGCCCGAAGCACCACCGUACGGCAUGGAAGCUAUUCAGUUCAAUCGCUCCUCUGUAUUUUUAAAAUGGUUGCCGCCGCAACCAAACCGUACACGUAACGGCGUGCUCACUAGCUACAGCGUUCUCGUCAAGGGCCUGGAUGUGCACAAUACGACGCGUAUAUUCAAAAAUAUGACCAUUGAUGCCGCGACACCAACGCUGCUGCUGGCCAACCUCACCACAGGCGUCACCUACUACAUUGCCGUGGCGGCGGCCACACGCGUGGGCGUUGGUCCCUUCAGCAAGCCUGCCGUGCUGCGCAUCGAUGCUCGUACCCAAUCUCUGGACACUGGGUACACUCGGUAUCCCAUCAGUCGUGAUAUUGCCGAUGACUUUUUAACGCAGACCUGGUUUAUCGUCCUGCUGGGCUCCAUCAUUGCCAUAAUUGUGUUUCUAUUGGGUGCAUUGGUUCUAUUCAAACGCUAUCAAUUUAUAAAGCAGACCUCGCUCGGCAGCUUACACGGUAAUCACGCAAUUGGUACCGUGCGAAAGUUUCCAACAUUGCCCAUGAAUGGAGCCGGUGCUGGCUGCUCCGGUGGAAGCAGCUCUAAUGUGGGUGGCCCUAACGGCCUGUGGAUCGAUCCGAGUGGGGCCAUUUGGCGACAGGCCACGUCAUGUACGACAAAAGAGCCACUUCCGGGCUACGCACAGGCCACGGCCCAGCAACAACAGCAGCAGCAACACCAACAACAACAACAAGGACAAUCAAACACUCAACAGCCGCUGCCUGAUUAUGAAAGACUGUCACCGCUAAAUAUGCCGGAUUAUGCGGAAGUUGCAUGUUCGACAUUCAAAAGUCCACACAAUGCAGCAGCCGUGAACGGAAAUGCACAACAAACAUCCGGACAGAGUGCUGCAGGCACAUCAUCCUUGUACGAUAGCUGUGGAGCCUAUGCUACAACAAAUGUUGUGGCCAAUGUGAAGCUCUAUCAGAAUCGUUAUGCUGCCACCGCGAAGCCGGCCAAUAGUAUCAACAACAACAAUAAUGGCAAUCUGCUGCUGAGCAGCAGCAAUGAUUAUCAGUCUACCGGCAUGUACUCUGCUCCGCCUAGCGCACACUAUGGAUGCCUGGAGCCGCAGCCCAGUCUAAUGACUGCAUCCACUGCCUCGACUGCCAUUUUAAGUGGCUCGCCGGCGAAACACAAAAAGAUCAAUAUCACUGAGAACAAGCUGGAGCACCUGGGUAACCACAAGUCAGAGCGCACGAAUCCCUUCAAUCAGCAGCAGCAGCUGCUGCUAGCGAGCAAUGCGCUCAAACAAGGCCUGGGCGCCUAUGCAAACACCACAUUGGCCGCCCAAAUGGCCAGCGGUGGCGGAGUGGGCACAUUGCGGCGCCAGCGACAGCCCAAGACGCUGCACAAAAGCGAAAACAACAUAUUGGGAAAGUCCAGACAGCACAGCAGCAAUUCUUCUAGUUGCUCAACUAAUAGUAAUGGUAAUUUUGACUUUCUCACCGGCGGACCGGUGUCUGCCACCGAUAGCAACAUCGAUGCGGACUUUUCGGCGCUCUGCAAUUCUACUAAUCAGCUGCUGAACGAUUGGGCUUCGAGCGCCUCAAUUGCGGCGGCAGGCAGCGACUAUCAUUUUGGCAGCAAGCAACCCAGCAAACAGCAUUUAUAUGUGAAAACCAAGGACGGCACAUGGUCGGCCGUCAGCUCGGAUGCUUAUCAAACAUUCAAGCAGCAGCAACAACAACAAACACAACCACAACAAUUUCAUUCUGGCACAGGUGACAACAAGCCCCUAGGUAGUAGCAUCAAUCCUCCCCAUAGUGCAAGCAGCCUGGCUGCCGACAGUAAAUUCCUGAGUAGUUUCGGUGCCAGCGCCAAUGUGUAGAGUAUACUUGCUGGAGUGGGGUGGCAACACCCUGGGUCUCCUCUAAGCCUUGCUGUAUUUGCUCAGUAGGCUAAGCGUAAAACUAAAGUUGUGAACAGCUGCAAGUUGAGCCUGUGUAGGUCUAAGCUAUGCAAUACUCAACUUUAAAGGGUAAGUAACAAAUCUGUUGCAAGUAACGGACUUAGAUAUGAGACAUAUUUCAAUUUAAGUGCAAACAUCCGCACCGUAAUUUAUUGAAAAUUACUAUAGCCGCUAUAAUUUCUAUAGAGUUCUGUUAUUUUGCUCUGAAUUUGUGAUUAUUUUAUCCAUCGCAAGUCAAGUUACCUACCCUAGCUAGCUGCAUAUCCGACCUGUAUUGCAAGAGCAUUAUUGAAAACUAUAAACAAAUUAAGAAACUCGUAUUCAUUCACAACGAAAUAUAUGUAAAAGUCUAUUUGCUUGUAAAUAAUAUCAGUUUAUACAAAAUUUAAAACUUAUAAAGCAAACAAUAAUAAAGAAUAGAGUUGCAAAAGUAAUAUAUAGAAAUAUAUACACAUACGAUUGCAUCCGACUGUAUUAAGGAAAGAAAAUUAAAUAAAAUUAUUGUAGUACACCAAACUUUCGGCAAUGUUUUGCGCCAAACAACCCUAACGACACACUAUUUAAAGUUUAAAAUGAAUCUGGCUCCAGCACUUGAACAAAACGUUUAAUUAGCAGCAAUAAAAAAGAAACAAAUAAAAUGCAAAAUGAAAUCAGUGCAAUGUAUAAUAAUCCCCAAGAGAAGCGAUAUAAAUGCUAAUAAUAAGGCUGUUAAAUGUAAAAUAUUAUAAAUCAUAAAUACGCAAAGCUAUGCAAGAGUCAAGUUAUCAUAAAAAAAAUAGAAAUAGAA